CUGGAUCUUAAUAGUUCUAAGUGGAGAAGCUCUCUCAUUACCUAAUUAACAGAACCACGAGGACUACAACUAAACAACGAUGGCUCGGCCUGAGGUUGUGCGAUGAAGCGGCAGAUGAGGAGGGGAUGGAGGAACCCAACGUCACGAAGCGGCCCUCCGUGCUGACUAUAGACAGGGCCGCGUUCCUACUUCUAAGAGUCAAAAGAGCUUUCAAGAAGAAAAGACAGCAGAGAAAGGAGAAGCAUGCGGCGGCAGCGGCAGCGGCGGCGGCUGCGGCGGCGGAGGGCGUCUGCUUGCGGCGCGGCCCGCCCCCGCUGUUGCGCUCGCGCACGCUGCCCGCCAUCAUCGCGCCCGGCUUCUCCAUAUUGCACGCGCAGAUCGACCCACAGCGGUGUAAUGAUAUCACACAAAGUCAGCUCUUAUGUCGCGGUGUACCUGGUCACAAGGUAUGCGGACUCCGCUCGCAUGCACCUCGCAUCUCUUUCACCAACAAAGAGGAGACGGAUAGCCACGAGCUCCGACGUAAAUCAGCGAGCAGUAGACUGGGUAGUUCACCUCGCUCGAGUAUCGCCAGUGAAGAUAGAGUCGAUGGAUUGGCGUUAAGGGUACCAACACCGCGUGGCUCUGUGUCAAGCAGUAGUACAGUGAGUGCAGGCUCAAGGCUCGCGCGGCUGCUGACACAGGGCGUGCGGGGAGCCCCUGAAGAGGUCGCUGACGCUCCAAGACGGUUGAGCUGGGAGAGGAGAGACUCAGCUGGUCAACUACCUCGGUCUGCGAGCAUAGAUUCAGUGGUAGAAGCAGCGAUCUGCGCGCGUCACUCCGAGCCAAGCCAGCCCACGCUACUCCUCCCGGCGAGAGCUGAUAGAGCGCUCAGCCUCGUAUCCCCCGCGGUUGGCAGGAGAGCGAAAAGUCAGAGGGGACAAGCGGAGCUGCAGUACGGCGGGCUGUUGGAGGGGUGCGCGGGGGAGCUACCGUCACUGAGCGCCUGCGCCCCGCUCCCCGCCACGCUCGACAAGGCGGCGCGGCGACAGCAAAGGGAUGCGCGCGCGCACCAAAACAAGCUCGCACAAGUUAACAUACAUUUGCAGGCAUUGUUCGCUGCAGUUGAACAUGGCUACUUGGACAAAGCUCGUAACAUCCUCGAGUCUACAGAUGUGGACGUCAACAGUCUCAACCCAGACGGUCUAUCACCGCUGGACGUUGCGGUGUUGGCCAACAAUAGACAGCUCGCAAGAAUGCUCAUGGAGUUUGGUGCCAAAGAAGGAUCCCAGUUCAAAACACCGGAUGCCCUGGGCGCACACUUGCGGCGGCUGUCGAGUGAGGCCAAGUCUCGGCUGCAUGACUUCGGCGGCUGCAACCCGGAGCGAGACUGCCGGGAGGAGAGCUGUACUAGAUCUUCAGCGGCGGGUCAGGCGGGCACUACAGGCUGCGCCGGCGGUACCGGCUCGGAGAAGGACAAGCAAGCACAGCACUGGGAGAGAAGGUUGCGGACGAUUAAACGGUUGAUGUUAGGUUGGCAACAAGUGCGGGUGCCCGCUGGACCCGCGCCCGAGCUGGAGGUCUGCGGCGCACACGCAGUCGCUGUACGUCUCAGAGAACACAAGCAAUCCGUUACCUUCGCACAGUCUUCGCAGCGGGACACCACCAUUAUUACUAAAUACAAAGUGGAAUGGUCAUCGCGUGCAGACUUCUCGAACUUAUGCGGGUUCCGUGAAGUGGCGGCUUCUGGCACAACGAACGGCACCAAAGUGCUAGCGGCGGGACUCACCAGGGGCCGUCGGUACUUCUUCAGAGCCGCCGCAGGGAAUAUCAAGGGCUGGGGACCCUUCACCGUCUCCGUACCCAGGAGUGUAGUACCCAGCAGUUGGAGAGAUGUGUCCGGUCGCAGCAGCCGGGGCGCUGGCGGGGGCGCGGCGGAGGCGCUGGAGGCACUCGCCAGCGCUGCGGCCGGCGCAAGGCAACGUCCAGCACCACCGAGACUGCCGCGCAAGAAGACCGCCACCAUACGGCAGCUCUUCACUGCUGCCAGCAAGUUUCAGAAGAAUCUAAGAAGAGGAGUAUACCUGUCAUGUAUAGUGUACCAUGAAGACAAGGUGCUGGUCACUAGUGAGGAAUUCCUACCCGUCAUUGAAGUAGAUGAGACGUACCCAGCCUGCAUCUACACUGACUUCCAUUGGCUUAUGAAGGUAUCAUGUUCAUGGGACGAGGUGAAGUCGCUCCGGUCUGACAUGGAGAAGCACACCUCCUCCUCCGUACACUUCCGCCUCAAGCUGCUCACCGCCGCAGCGCAGAUGCAGUCCGCGCUCGGCAUACAGGAUCUAGGUCAGCUGUACCACAAGCCGCUGCGUGACGCUCACGGCACAGUGGUGGUGUCGUGCGUGUGCGCAGCUCGCUCAGCCAAAGUGUCCGCGCUCAAUUCUCGCUGGGCGCCUGUUGCUAAACUGCGCCGUCGUGUGCUCAGCGAGGACAACACUAUGGCGGACCUGCUCAUGGCCUCCGUGCACGACCAGAUCGCUUACCACCAGGUGUCUCGGGUGCAGCUGCCCCGGGGUCUGUACCUGGGCUACCUGAAGCUGCAGUCUUCUGUGGAGGUGGUGCGUAUAGUGGCGCCCGCGCGCACACCCAACGUGCCCCCGCACACCAGGAUCAGGGACAACCCACAUGUCUCCGCUGAGGAGUGGGACUAUCUAUUGGCGCAGUCAGGUAAAACUACAACAGAAGAACAGCAGACGAUAAACAGCCUCGCGAUAAACGUCGACGAGAAACCGUCAGAAUCUCAGGAGAUGUUCCUCGACCAGAUAUCCUGCGCCGCCAGGAGAUUGUUCAAGGAGAUGGACAUACCCAUUGAAACCGUCAACACCCACCGAAUCUACGACCUUGAGGUCAUAGAGCUGAAUAAUGACGUCAGUUUCAUCAUGGUCUGUCCGCCAGCAGAGCAGGCCUGCUCCGUCCCCGGACAAAAAGAAAUACUUCUCCAGAAGGGUGAUCUUCUCAGUCUACCUAUACAAGCCUUCGAAAUGAUCCACCUACAAACUUACCACACUAGCAUGCUAAACAAAUACUCGAAGCUGAGCUGCGUCCUCGAGCUGGAUGUAGCUCUCGCAGCACACUCACAUAGAGAGGCUUUCUCCUGCUCCGAACUACAAACUGCCAAGGAGAGGCUAACCAAACUAGAAGACUUGCAGAACAAUCUCAAUAUAGUGUGGAAAGCGGAACGAUGGCUCAUGGACUUGAUCGGCUUCGCGAGAGACAAGGAUAAGGCGGGCACCAGCUCUGGUAUACUCCUCAAAUACAUCCUAGACAGGAACCCUACAGAGGGCUGCGUCACCGAAACAGACACGACAGACAAAGACGUAAAUCUCAAAGUAGACCUACUACAGAUACCUUCCAGGGACGGCAAAAUAACUAAAACCUCUCCAGGAAGAGGAUCAUGGCCGGGUCCCGCGGGAAACGGAAACCACGCUCAUCUACAUCCUGAAUUUAGCAAAUCGGAGCAACAACUCAGCUUAUCCCCGAGACAAACAUCAGUUUCAACUCUCAACUUGAGUACUUCACAAUUUCUAAAUACAGAUUCGAAAUAUUCUAGGAAAGGUAGCGGGGAUUCACAAUUCACUCAAUCUAGUCUCAUGAGUAACAAUUACUUGAGCAGUAACUCACAAUUUGAUAUCAAAUCAUCUGGUUCUCAUACUAGUAUCGGCAGCAAUCGACUUCCUCCAUCUAAAAGUGAAGAUACGCUCAUCUUACAGAACGAGAACGUAGACCCAAAACCUAGACCUCAUAGCAUGAGUAAUACAAGUGCUUCAACAACAUCUAGUCCAUUGUUAACUGUUAAAAGUUACUAUCCCGGAAGUAUGAUAAGUGUACGUACAAUGAAAGGGAACGUCUCAGAAUCCGCACAGAGUUUGUCCAGUGAUUCGGAAAGUCAAAGCUCACCUUUAUCAGUUCCGUUAAAAAUGCGUCCGUCACCAAAUCGGACGUUCAAUGUGAUAGCGUCAAAAAGUAUGACUAACGUUAAAUCUGACGUCGACUACACUGACACUGGACAAGAGGUCUGUCACAAGUCGAACCUCUGCAUCAAACGGCAGCCAUUACUGGAAACGCAGGAAGACGUGGAAUGUAAUAACAAAGUUCCUAAGACUGAGAGAGACGAAGAUAGACCUCGAGAGCAACGAACUCUGGACCAACCGGGAAUAUUACAGGUAUUCGCAGCAUACGAGACCGGCUUAGCGGCGGGAACGUCUCUAAAACUUCACGUAACACCGCGAACGUCAGCACGAGAGGUCAUCGAUCUCGUCGUCAAACAACUAAACAUGGCCGCCGUGUUGAAGGGCAAAGCGGGCCCUGUGUACGGCCCUGAGAGACUUCAGGACUUCUGUCUCGUGGCCGUCAUAGGGGCCCGCGAGAGGUGCCUCAGGGAUGACUUUAGACCUUUACAGCUACAAAACCCUUGGAGAAAGGGCCGUCUGUACGUCCGACUUAAACAUGACGUCCUCGCUGCUCUACAACAUUCCGCUAAACAACCAGCUUUUAUUUAAUAUUAAAUUUACUAACGAUAUAAUUCUAAAACGAAUAUUUAAUUUAAAAAUCCAAAGAUAAAAUAUCAACAUUAGUGUAUGAAUCAUUAAUAC